ACACUUGAAUUCACCGCACAGAACCAUUGACUUCAGGAGAAAUACCUUUGUCAACAAAAUGCGGUUUUCUGUCACCGUGCUCAUGUUGGCUGCAUGGACCUGUCUUGCUGAGGCCGAGGCGGUUAAAAGCUCAGUGUCAGAAUGAUUCAGCCUGGAGUUGUAGUUCAUUCUGAUCACAUGUCUGACUGAACUGUGUCACCCGACCUGACUCACUCAGUGGAAGAGUGCCUCAAGGUUCGCACCCCAACGCUCCAGGCGAAUGAUCGGGGGACUUCUGGCCCCUCACGUCCCCUGGCAGGUUUUUCUCAACGUUUCUGAUGAUGCGCUGGGUCAAGGUUAUGCUGGUGGCACUCUCAUCUCUGACCGCUGGGUGUUAACGGCUGGCACCAACCUUUAUGUCAGGAUGAACAGAACGGAAAUGAAGCGGAACGAUCCCUUAAUUCCAAAGUUGUACGUGGGAAUCGUAGGGCUGCCUGAAGCUAAUGCUUCCAGCGAGGUUGAGGUAGAGAAGAUAGUUCUCCAUCCAAAUUUUCUGAACCACUCUAACUGGGACAACAACCUGGCUCUGAUCAAGCUGAAGGAGCCUGUACUGAUGAGUGACAAAGUGGCUCCAAUCCCUCUCCCUGAGCGGGGACAGGACCUGACCAACAUCACUGAUGGAAUCAUCUCAGGCUGGGGCUGGGGCGCUCUCCUAACUCCUGCAACAUCACUUAAAUAUCUCAUCCUUCCUAUCGCCAAUCAUUCCAGCUGUAAGGCUUACUAUAAAAAAAAGCCCUUCACACCAGAUGUAGAUGACAACAUGUUCUGCACAUCCAUUUCACGGUUUGGGGAAAAUGUGUGUUUUGGUGAUGCAGGCGGAGCUCUGGCUGUUAGAGACCCUGACAGUGGGGAUGUGUUUGUCGCUGGGAUUCUGAUCUAUGACAGAAACUGCAGAGUUAGACAGUACGGAAUAUUCCUGAAAAUGUCGUCAUAUUUACCAUGGAUUCAUAGCGUAAUCAGGGGAGACGAGGAGAAUUCUCCUGCUGUCCGUGCUGCUGCCGUGUCCACGAUGUACUCAAAUGUAUGAGCUGUGUUCCCUUGCGGUUGCAUGUCCAAAGCUUUAUACUUCAUUAAAUUCUAAACAACAUUU